AUGACGGCAGGCAUCGUAUCAACGACUCUAACCAGUCCUGUUUGGGUCAUCAAGACAAGAUUUAUGACACAGUCAGUGCGAACACCAUAUCGCUACAACUCGGUCAUGGAGGCCUUUGCUUUAAUUGCAAAGCAUGAGGGUAUUCGAGGGUUUUAUAAGGGAUUAGGGCCUUCUUUGAUCGGUGUAAGCCAUGUGGCGAUCCAGUUUCCAUUGUAUGAAAGGCUGAAAUCCGUCCUUUCAACAAGGCAGUCAGAAACAGCGAGUGUUUUAAUGGCUUCUGCAGUUUCCAAGAUGAUAGCAAGCACAGCAACGUAUCCGCAUGAGGUGAUCCGUACCAGACUGCAAAAUCAAGUGAUACAACCUUUCAAGUACAACGGCGUACUUCAUGCCAUCAAGGUUAUCAUGUAUGAAGAGGGUGUGCAUGGAUUUUAUAAGGGCAUUUCGGCCAAUCUUUUGCGCACUGUUCCAGCUUCUGCUGUUACCAUCUUCACAUAUGAAUUUAUAGUAAAGAAAUUGGAUACCUUGAGAGAUUUAGCUCAAUGA